ACACUCUGUUAUCUGCGCCGCAUAGGCCGAUUAUAGUCAACAAGUAAAUAUGGCAAGCAUUCGCCAGCGCCUUCUUGUCAAGGGAGAGGACGCUACCUCCGUUCAACCAAUUAUUGAUACCCUUCAACGCUUUGGUUUUAACGUGGAUGAUGAGCCUGGCGAUGCCUUCUUUGGGCUAGAUCCUGCUGAGCCGAGCCUGAACGUUCGGCAACAAACGGUGCUAAAGAUUGCUAUCGGAGGGCGGACUCCAAGCCUGGCGCUGGGCGCGAGCGUGGGAGGUGGCGGUGAGUGCAACUAUUUGGCUUUGCGCAUCCUGCGGCACCUGCUGCUACCGCGCUGCACAUGCAGCAGCGGACGACACGACGGCAACACGCCUUCGCGCGUGUCUCCCCCCGUUCGCGGCGGGCACUCUGUGGAGGGGCGCUCAGGCGCUCAGGGAGUGCUUGGCGGAGCGCAUUACCCCGGGCUUGCCCUUGCCGGCCUCGGUUGCGCGGCGGCUGUUCCAGCAGAAUGCGGAGCUGCGGGGGCCGUUGGUAUCAACGGACGACUCACAGGAGGCUGCGUCUGCCGACGCGCUUGCAGCGCACGUGCGGCAUGUGAUGGUGGACUUCGAGCCCCUUGUCGGGUCGGAGAUGUACACGGGGCACACGACCCGUGCAGUGCUGGAGGAUACGCUGCGGCUCGUCAUGAGGUAUCUGCCUGGGCCGCCCAUCCUCAUGGACCGGAACAGGGUUGGCACAAGCGGAGCGACGACCGGGAACCUGCGGCCCGACUUCCUGGCCUGGGUCAACAGCGUUCUGCUGCUGAAAGGAGAGGAAAAGGCGGCGGCGUCCGAGCUGCAGCACGCUGUCCAGGAGCUCACAACCAAGGUUUCGGAUGCAUGGGCAGCGGGCCUACUGCCGCACACGCCGCUGCCCAGCAUGCUGGCCUACGCCGCCGCAGGCGCCGUGCUCCAGGUGCGCCUGCAAUCUGUAUUUUGCAGCCUGAUGUCUGGUCUGGUGGGGUGCAGGCGACGCCAAUCAGCGGCAUAAUGGACCUCGCCACGGCGCCGGCCCGGCUGCAGGCGUUGACUGCCUCGUUCAACAUCUGGCGGCUGCUGGCCGGGUACGCGUCGCAGGGGCCGACCGCUCCCAUCGGCAUGGGGCAAGUCGUGUCUUCGCCGGACGGCCUGCGCACCUACUGCCUGCUGCCGGGCUUCUUCCGCAAGUCCAUUCGGCAGUUCUCGCUGCACGCGCGCUACACAAGCUUUAAGCUGUUGCAAGAGCUCUAUGGCAAGAUGUCGGAGCGGAAGCACAGGCUGAGCAUCAUCCAGGCGUGCAACGUGAACGGGGUUGCCGGCCCGCGGCUGCAGCAGCAUGACGACACCUACGUCGUGCACCUGGCCCCGGUGGGUCAGCCCUGCAUGGGCCCGCCAGCCACAGAGUCCGACCUCGCGUGCGCCGUGCUGGGCGUGCUGCGCGGCCUGGCGGCGCUGCACAGCGAAGGCUAUGUGCACCGCGAUGUGCGCUGGCCCAACGUCAUUUUCCUGCCCGCUGAGAAGCGCUGGCUCCUGAUUGACCUGGAGCACGCAGGCCAGGAGGGGUGUGACUGCAGCAAGGAGCCGUUUCCCCUGCCGUUCUGGAGUGAGCGCACGCUGGACGAUGGCAAGUACACGGCGCAGUCGGACAUGCGGAUGGUGGCGGAGCAGCUGAUGAGCCACUUGUCGUUUCCGCUGGAGGACUCGGGCCAGGAGCUGCGCCGGCGGCUGCUGGGCAACAGGUUUUCAGCUGCGCAGGCAUUGAGGCACCACUGGCUGGCCCGCGCCAGCGGCCGCUAGCGGUGGCGGCUGGGCAGGCGUCGUGUGACGGCACAGGCCGGGCUUGCAUGGCGCGGGAUGGGCCGGUGGGUGCCAGGUGAUUGUUUACCUGUAUGCGACAAACUCCGUGUAAGGCAAUGAUGUGCUGAGGUGGCUGCCUUCUCAGCUGAAUUUCUCACGCGUGAAUGACGACAAGUAUUUCUAGGGAUGGGGCCGGUGUAUGGGAUAAAGCAACCGGCACGGUGGAGAAAGGUCAAGGAAGAAAGUUUGCUGCCGCGCAUUCCUCACGCUCCGGGCGCCCGGCCAGGCGAUAGCACCACACAAACACACCGCAACGCCACACUCGCGAUGCAGAGCCGCAGAUUCGGUGCUAUUGAUGAUGUUAUGGUGUUGUUUGAUUUGGGGCUGUGGGGUGCUGGACGGGGCGGUGCGGCGGUUGGCUGCAGCGCAAGAGCAGAGGCCUCGGGGCGGGCGAGGGGGGUUAGCGGGCGGGCCGGAUCACGGACUGUCUGACAGCAGCAGCGGCGGAAGUGCCGGCCAUGCCAGGAUUGUCAACGUUCAGGACAAUGUGCAGCUGCCGAUUGCACUGUCUGACAGCAGCAGCGGCGCAAGUAGCGGGUAUGGCCCAGCCAAUGAGACGACGGAACCAGACGCUGGAAGAUGCUGCAAGGAAACGACGCCAGAGUUGGGUGCUUGCAAGCCGUAGCGCACGCCGCUCCGCUCCCUCGGUCAGAGGCAUGAGCUGUUCCGCACCCCCCGAGGCGGUGUGAAACCACACGCGCUGCUCUCCCGCCCAGCCUCUUUGCUCAAUGUUACUGCCU